GUGCGGCAGUGUGCGGAAAUAAAAGCCGCCGCUCGGUUCGAGUCUCUUCACCCCGUUUCCUUCCUCACACCGAACCGCUGUACAGAUGUGCGUCCUCAAGUCCGCGCUCGCGCUCGCCUGCCUCGCGCUGUUGGUGUCUGAGUGCGCGAGCUCCCCAGUCGGCAGAUGCGGGAUGCUGGGGCAGUGUGCACAGGUGAACUCCAGCAGGAGUGCUGACUCUGUGAAUGUGUCUCUGUAUUACGAGUCUCUGUGUCCUGGCUGCCGGCAGUUCCUGGUGUUGGAGCUCAUGCCGACCUUCUUCAUGCUUUAUGACAUCAUGAAUUUGGAACUUGUCCCGUACGGCAACGCAGAGGAGAAGCAGGUCGGAGACAAGUACGAGUUCACCUGUCAGCACGGACCAGACGAGUGUCUGGGCAACAUGAUCGAGACGUGUGUGAUGGAGAAAGUGCCCAAAACUGCAGUGUUCGUGAUUAACUGCAUGGAAACGGCUGGGAAUGUGGUGAAGGCGGCGGAACCUUGUCUGGCCCUGUUCAGCCCAGACUCAAGCUUCGAUGAUGUCAUGGCGUGUGUGAACGGUGACGAGGGAAAUCAGUUAAUGCACCAGAACGCCAAGGCAACCGCAGCUUUACAGCCACCACAUGAGUACGUCCCGUGGGUCACCAUCAACGGAGAGCACACUGAUGACCUGCAGGAGAAAGCAAUGAACUCGCUCUUCCUACUCGUCUGCAGUCUGUACAAGGGUAAGGCUCCACCAGCGUGCUCUCUCGGAAAGAAGGCGGUAAAGACGAGUUACUGCUGAAGAUGUUGAAAUGUGACUGUAAAGCUGAAUCAGUAACUCAGUGAAUGAUGACUGUAAUGCAGUGGUGAUUUUUCUACACACUGUUCAGGAACGCUGUACGAGUGUCGACACUAAAGCGCUCAGCCACAAUUAUUUGAAUAAAACAACCUUUUACAUCAAUAAUCUUUUUACAAUCGUUUUAAUAUAAUAAACAGUAAACAGGCUUUUUUAUCA